GUGCUAAAAAAAACACCGAAUUGGUUGGUGAAUGCCAUUAAAAACCUCACAACAAUAACCACAACUCCAUUAAUUCCACCUCCCACACUACCAACUUCCCCAACAACUCUAAAAAUUUCUCAAAUAUAAUCCAUUUGCAAAUUCAAACUUUUUCAAGGGGCCAAAAGUAAAAAACCCCACUCCUUAACCAUAUAAACGGCCACCCUCACUCCAAAGCUUCUACUGCAACCACAACACAAAAAUGGCCUUUACUACUCUUCACACUGUCUUUCUCUUCUUAUUCUUCUUCAUACUCAUUUCAUUACCACCUUCAUCUUCAGCGAAACUGCCUUUUUCAAAGAUCUUCGCCUUUGGAGAUUCAUAUACUGAUACUGGCAACACACAUUCCAGAACCGGUCCGUACUCUUACGGAUACGUCUCAAACCUCCCUUAUGGUACCACAUUCUUUCAUCAUUCUACAAACCGAUACUCUGAUGGCCGUCUUGUUAUCGACUUCAUUGCCACUAAUCUUUCACUCCCUUUCCUAUAGCCAUACCUUCGCCGGAAUUCAGACUUCUCCCAUGGUGUCAACUUCGCUGUCGCAGGCUCUACUGCACUUGAUCAUUCAUUUUUUGUCGAUAAUAAUAUUACAAUAGCCAUCACACCACAGUCCCUGCAAACACAACUCGAAUGGUUCGCUGAGUAUUUAGCGAAGAGUGGAUGUCAAGGGAGAUCAAAGCAAUGCCAUGAAAAAUUUGAGGAUGCAUUGUUUUGGAUUGGAGAGAUUGGAGCUAACGAUUAUGCUUACAGUUUUGCGUCUUCUGUGUCACCAAAUGUCGUUCAAGAUCUUGUACUCAAGAAUGUCUUCAAAUUCUUGGAGAUACUGCUAUCCAAAGGUGCCAAGUACAUAGUGGUGCAAGGAUUACCAUUAACAGGAUGCUUACCUUUAGCAUUGGUAUUAUCUCCACCUGAUGAUCGAGACAGACUUGGGUGUGCAGCAACUGUAAACAACCAGGCAAACAAGCACAACUUGAUCCUUCAAUCCAAGAUCGAGCAACUAAGGAAACAGUAUCCGAAGGCAAUCAUCUCAUAUGCUGACUAUUUCAAUGCUCACCGCACUAUAAUGAACAAACCGGCCAUCUAUGGCUUCACAGAGCCAUUCAAAGCUUGUUGUGGAUCUGGGGGUGGUCCUUAUAACUAUGACAUUUUUGCAACAUGUGGAUCACCUGAGGUCACUAAAGCUUGCUCAGUCCCUUCGAAGUUUGUGAAUUGGGAUGGUGUUCACCUAACCGAAGCACUUUAUAAGGUUGUAGCGGACAUGUUCCUUCACGGUGGUUAUUGUCAUCCACCAUUCGAUGUUUUGUUGAAGCAUAAGUUACAAGGAAGCUAAAUUAGUGGUACUUAUAGUAGGUGGACUAGUAUGGUUUUAAUUGUAGUGGUAGCUUAAGUAAUAUGAGCUUUAUAUCAAUAUGAUAAUGAACCGAAAUACAGUUUAAAACUC